AUGUCAACGUCCAAAUAUCAGAACUUACCUCAGGUCAGUUCUGAGUUGGAUCAACCGCAUGGUGAUCCUUCUGAUAGCUUUGAAAUAGAAGAAGCUAUUGACGAUUCUGAAGAAUUGGAAUUGGAAGGAAUCAUGACCCAAAAGGGUAAAUCCAAUAUGGGAAAUGCCUUUAUGAACAUGGCAAACAGCAUACUGGGGGCUGGUAUAAUAGGUCAGCCUUAUGCUUUUAGAAACUGUGGGAUGGUGGGUGCACUCCUGAUUAUGGUUUUGCUGACAAUUCUAGUGGAUUGGACGAUCCGCUUGGUGAUUAUAAACACGAAAUUAUCUGGAACCCAUUCUUACCAAGGCAGCGUCUAUCAUUGUUUUGGGAACAAAGGCAAAUACGUUAUUUUACUGGCUCAAGGCUUAUUUGCUUAUGGUGGGUCUAUGGCGUUUUGCGUGAUUAUUGGUGACACGAUCCCUCAUGUUAUACGGAGUGUUUUCAAAUCAGCCAUUCAAUCGAAUCGAUUCUUGGAUUUUUUGCUUUCUAGAAACUCUAUUAUUAUAUUAACGACAUGUUUCAUAAGCUACCCACUUGCACUUAACAGAGACAUUUCAAAAUUAUCGAAAGCUUCUGGGUUGGCACUAGUAUCCAUGCUCGUUAUUGUCAUCAUUGUCCUUGCAAGGGGUCCAGUUGUCAGUUCUGAACUCAAAGGUUCAAUGUCGUUGAAAAAUUGGUUCUUUGAUAUCGGUAUGUUUCAAGGAAUAAGUGUCAUUUCCUUUGCGCUAGUAUGCCACCAUAAUACCACAUUCAUUUACAGAUCCAUGAAAAAGGCUACAUUGGAUAGGUUUACACAAUUAACUCAUAUAUCUUGCGCUAUUGCCAUGGUAUGCUGUUCCAUUAUGGGUAUUGCUGGAUUUGCUAUAUUCAAAGAUAAAACGAAAGGAAAUAUUCUGAACAAUUUUCCCGCAGACGAUUGGGUCGUCAAUAUAGCUCGAUUCUGUUUUGGGUUCAACAUGCUGACUACAUUUCCCUUGGAGAUUUUUGUAGUUAGAGAUAUUGUCAAAGAUGUCAUGAAUGGCAGUGAUGCUGAGAAGCUUUCCACGAAAUCACACUUUAUUAUUACAACACUGCUCUCCUUUUCUGCCAUGUUUGUAUCACUUUUGACUUGUAAUUUAGGUGCAAUUUUAGAACUCACAGGCGCAACUUCUGCGUCAAUUAUGGCAUAUAUACUGCCCCCAUUAUGUUAUGCUAAGAUGUCUCCCAAUAGAAAGGGUCUCCUUAAUUGGUAUGCGCCAUAUUUAUGUGUGGCUUUUGGGCUAUCUGUCAUGGUUAUAUCGACUAUCCAAACAUUGGUAACCUCUUUUUAUAACAAGAGCGAUGCUGGGCAUUGCGUAACUUAA